CCGGCGGCACCGCGAGUCAUGGCGCUCUUCGAGCAGAUGCGGGCUAACGUGGGCAAACUGCUGCGGGGCAUCGACCGGUACAACCCCGAGAACCUGGCCACGCUGGAGCGCUACGUGGAGACGCAGGCCAAGGAGAACGCCUACGACCUGGAGGCCAACCUGGCCGUGCUGAAGCUGUACCAGUUCAACCCCGCCUUCUUCCAGACCACCGUCACGGCCCAGAUCCUGCUGAAGGCCCUGACCAACCUCCCCCACACGGACUUCACCCUCUGCAAGUGCAUGAUCGACCAGGCCCACCAGGAGGAAAGGCCCAUCAGGCAGAUCCUCUACCUGGGGGAGCUGCUGGAGACGUGCCACUUCCAGUCCUUCUGGCAAGCUCUGGAUGAGAACAUGGAGCUGCUGGAUGGGAUCACCGGCUUCGAGGACUCCGUGAGGAAAUUCAUCUGCCACGUGGUGGGGAUCACGUACCAGCACAUCGACCGCUGGCUGCUGGCCGAGAUGUUGGGGGACCUCUCGGAGGCUCAGCUGAAGGUUUGGAUGAGCAAAUACGGCUGGACGGAGCCGGAGCCUGGUCGGAUCUUCAUCUGCAACCAGGAGGAGAGCAUCAAGCCCAAGAACAUCGUGGAGAAGAUCGACUUCGACAGCGUCUCCAGCAUCAUGGCGUCCUCCCUCUGAGCCCCCCCUUUUACCGUCCCCCCUUUUAACUCACGGCUCCACCAGUAAAGGAGAAGCCUCCA